AUCCGGUUUCGAUGGGAUCAAUGCUGGAAUAUGAUGAUGAUGAUAUGAUGGAAUGUUCAUCAUGUUAUGUAUGGCCAUGCAUGCCGAGGCGAUGACCACUCCCUCUGGGAUCAACGCUGUAAUAUGAUGAUGAUGAUAUGUGGAAUGGUCAUCAUGUUAUGUAUGGCCAUGCAUGCCGAGGCGAUGACUACUCCCUCUACUUUUCUCCUUCUUCGUCUCUUGCCCUUUCCUUUUCCCCUUCUUCGAUGCCUCUAAUUCUCUUCUCUUUCUCUCUCUACAUUUCUCCUCUCUCUCUCUCUCUCUACAUUUCUCCUCCUCAUGAAACCCUGGAUCUUGACCUUGUGUCUAUCAAUCAUCUGGUUAUGAAUCUCGAUUUAGGGUUUCGAUUUGUUUGCAAAUAUGGGCGUUGAUUAGUCCUUGUUCGCGCUGUGUAGGAGUCGAUUCUUGCUCUUUGAAGAUACAGAGAGAGAGGGGAAUUUGAUAUUUUUUUUCGUUAAAUUUCUUGGGGUUUUUAUCACCGUUUUUUUUUGUUGUAUUUUUUUUGGCUGGGUUCAAUUUUUGGUGGGCAUUUUGAGGGGGUCCGAGAUUGUGCAAUGGAGCCUCGUGUUGGUAACAAGUUCAGGCUCGGUCGCAAGAUUGGGAGCGGCUCGUUUGGGGAGAUCUAUCUCGGAACGAACAUCCAGACCAACGAAGAGGUUGCGAUAAAACUUGAAAAUGUCAAGACAAAGCAUCCACAACUGUUAUAUGAAUCAAAGUUGUACAGAAUCCUACAAGGAGGAACUGGAAUUCCAAAUGUUAGAUGGUUUGGCGUUGAAGGAGAUUAUAAUGUUCUUGUUAUGGAUUUGUUGGGGCCCAGUCUUGAAGACCUAUUCAACUUCUGUAGUAGAAAACUUUCACUUAAGUCUGUGCUUAUGCUUGCGGAUCAGAUGAUCAACCGAGUUGAAUUUGUCCACUCUAAGUGUUUCUUGCAUCGGGAUAUUAAGCCGGAUAAUUUUCUUAUGGGCUUGGGAAGGCGAGCUAAUCAGGUAUACAUAAUUGACUUUGGACUUGCUAAGAAGUAUCGAGAUACUGCAACCCACCAGCAUAUACCUUAUAGGGAAAACAAGAAUUUGACAGGGACUGCUAGAUAUGCAAGCAUGAAUACCCAUCUUGGAAUUGAGCAAAGUCGGAGGGAUGACUUAGAAUCUCUUGGAUAUGUUCUUAUGUAUUUCUUGAGAGGAAGCCUUCCUUGGCAGGGUCUCAAGGCGGGGACAAAGAAACAAAAAUACGAGAAAAUAAGUGAGAGAAAGGUUUCCACAUCCAUUGAGGCCUUGUGCAGGGGCUAUCCAACAGAAUUCGCUUCAUAUUUUCACUAUUGUCGUUCAUUACGCUUUGAUGACAAGCCAGAUUAUGCUUAUUUGAAAAGAAUUUUCCGUGAUCUCUUUAUUCGAGAAGGUUUCCAAUUCGAUUAUGUAUUUGACUGGACCAUUUUAAAGUAUCAACAAUCUCAAAUUGCCAGUGUUCCUCAACGAGCUCCUGGCCCUGGUGCAGGCCCAAGUUCUGGUGCAGUGCCUGCUGGUGCAAAUGCUGAAAGAACAUUAGGUGGUGAAGAGGGGCGCCCUUCGGGCUGGUCUACAAUUGAUCCCUCCCGCCGAAGAGUUUCAGGACCUGCUAUAAAUGCUGGGAGCUUAUCAAAGCAGAAGAGUCCUGUGGCUAAUGAGUCAUCGACUUGGACAAAAGAUGCUAUGCUGUCUGGAGCUCCUUUCCUGCGACCAAGUGGCUCAUCUCGGCGUGUGGCGGUGUCGAGCAGCCGAGAAGCGAUGGUUGGGAGCGAGGCCGAUCCCUCAUCUCGCCCUCGAACCACUGAUGCUAGUCCGGGUGGCUUGAGGAAGGUGGUCAGUGGGCAGAGGAGUUCCCCUGUCGGCUCCUCUGAGCCCAAACGCACUUCUUCUGGCAGGAACAUGAAGAACUAUGAGUCCGCCCUCAAGGGUAUUGAGUGCUUAAAUUUCGACGCAGAGGAGAGGCCGGUAGAGAGGCCAUAUUAGCAAACCAUCUCUCUCUCACUACAUCUAUCUCUCUACUAUUACUCUCUCUGUAAAUCAAUUUAUAAUAUACUUUUAGCCAUGGAGUGGGAAUUGUUGAUUCUGAGGAUUGCAGGGAAGGUUCAGCUAUUCACAGGGAAAUUUAACUAGGUGGAUGUUGGAACUCGAAGGCAUUGCUGCACAACCGAAAGGGAAGGGAUUUGGUGAAUGCCUAAAUGAUUUGAAGUGUAUUUGGGCUCGUUUCCUCUGCCACCUCUUUGGUGGCUGCUUCAUUCUCUCUCGUUUGAACUGACGUAUGGGUCCUGAGUGACUUCAUCGUAUACUUGCCUUCCAUUUUAUUUCUUUUGUGUUGAUUCCUCUGUUUAGUGAGAAUGCUGUUGAUCAAGUAAGUUUGUGGUUACCCAGAAACUGGGCCUGGGCGAUAAUACGAGGAGAAACAGUUCUAAUCGGUGGUUUGGAAAUCUGUAUGUUAUUUGAGAGGUACUUCAACUCUGAGCCUGGCCCGGAUAAAUAUGUCAUUUGUUUUUAUGUGUGUUUGAGAGGUGGUAGGGCACAGAAAUGUGGCGCCCAAUUUCAAGUAUCUAUCUGUACAUCAUAGGUUCUUGACAAACAUAUAUGGGUGUCUCAGUGGGUUCAUUUGCUUCAUUCUGUAUGAGAUGCAUAAUGCUUUCACGGCCUUUAUACAUCACCUGUCUCUCUCCCUCUCUCUGUUUAUAUGAUAGGUGCCUUUGACUAUAUGAUAGUGAGUCGUUGAGAAACUGAUAGAAUUUCAGACAUUCUAAGAAUUUUAAGGCAAUGAGUUAUUUUUAUA